CAAAAGAAGAACAAAACACAGACGUAACAGUUUCUUUGCAAUUACUGAAAGUUGAAAAUACUUCAAAAUUUCUAAACAAAUCAACACCUUGUUACUUUGUGCCGGCCAGACGCGGCUAAGCUCUUUGAUUAUGUUGAUGAUGAAGAAGAAGCUGAAGACGAACAGUAUCUCUGUUUCUCUGAUGAGCAGCAACCUUCAGAGGUAAAAGGUGACAAUCUGACACAUCAUUGACUGUUUUCUAAAUCGGAGCAGUGGGAUUUAGCAUUCUGGGAUCAUUUAGGAUUGGCAUCAGUGUAGAGUCCCAGUGGUUUGUGGGCUUUUUGAUUAAGAACUUUUGGAAUCUCCACUGGGACUUUUUGAUCUAGAACUUUUGGAAUCCAAGAGAUCCGUAAAAGUCAAAUUUAUCUGUAAAAUGAUUCCAACUAGUAAUGGGGGAGACUUAAUGGAAGUUCAAGAAGACUUGGCCUCAAGUUCGACCCCGUAUGCUUAUACGGCCAAUGAAAAUGGUGCUCUUCAAAUUUCAACAUCCCGAAAGGGACUGCUAAGUGAUGAAAAUCCUAGAAGAGGGAAUAAGGGCAGGUUAUCAAUUACUCCCAGUAAACUAAGCUUACUGAAAAUCAAGUCAAGUAGUAAUUUAGCUUCCCCAUCAGCUAAAGUUCAGCAUAUUGCAGAGGAAAAUGAUGAAACCCCACGAUCUGUACCUUCUUCCAGUAGUCAAGGUUUCCAAAAACGUUUCAGUGGGAUUCUAGCUAAGAAAAUUAAUUGGGAGUCCCUGAUGACAAUCGGUAAAGAAUGGAUCAAGAACCCUUUAAACAUGGUUCUUUUUUUAUGGAUAAGCUGUGUUGCUGUUUCAGGAGCGAUCCUAUUUCUCGUUAUGACAAAUAUGUUAAAUGGUGCCCUGCCACAGAAGUCACAGAGAGACACCUGGUUUGAGGUCAAUAAUCAAAUUCUCAAUGCUCUUUUUACUCUCAUGUGUCUGUAUCAACACCCAAAGCGGUUCCACCACCUUGUGCUUCUGUGCAGAUGGAAGCCUAAGGACAUCUCUGCACUCAGAAAAAUAUACAGCAAGAAUGGCACUUACAAGCCAAAUGAACGGGCCCAUAUGAUGGUGGUAGUUGUGUUACUCCAUGUUAAUUGCUUUGCUCAGUAUGCCUUAUGCAGCCUUAACUUGGGAUACAAAAGAUCCAAUCGACCUGCUGUGGGUGUCGGUAUCUUUCUGUCUGUUGCAAUUGCUGCCGCAGCAAUAGCAGGUUUGUAUUCCAUUUUAAGCCCCCUUGGAAAGGAGUAUGACUCUGAAGUUGAUGAAGAAGCGCAGGUUCAACCUCUUACUAAUGGCACUAGUUGGUCCAGCCAACUAACAAAGAAGUCGUUAGAAAAAAGAUUUUCAUUUGCAUCGAGAACUGAGCAGAGGAUUAUUGAGCAUGCACCCAAAUGGAGUGGGGGCCUAUUUGAUAUUUGGGAUGAUAUUUCUAUAUCUUAUCUCUCUCUUUUCUGUUGUUUUUGUGUUUUUGGGUGGAAUAUGGAAAGACUUGGGUUUGGGAAUAUGUAUGUUCAUAUUGCAACUUUUCUCCUCUUUUGCAUGGCUCCAUUUUGGAUCUUCAAUUUGGCUGCUGUCAAUAUUGAUGAUGAGACCAUGAGGGAAUGUCUUGCAUUGACUGGUGUCGUGCUUUGUGUGUUCGGUUUACUCUAUGGUGGAUUCUGGAGGAUCCAAAUGAGGAAGAGAUUCAACUUACCUGCAAAUAACUUUUUUUGUGGAAAACCUGCAGUUGCAGAUUGCACACUGUGGCUUUUCUGUUGUUGGUGCUCCCUUGCUCAGGAGGUUCGUACAGCUGAUUUCUAUGAUAUUGUGGAAGAUAAAUUUUGCAGAAAACAGAAGGACGAGAAUGGCCAGCCGGCACUUUCCCCUUUACCACGUGAAGGUGGAGCAGUUCAAUCCAGAUACAGUUCAACUUCUUUACAUUCAAACAACCCUAGGUUGUCUAAGCUCAGGACUGAAAACUCCCCAGGUCCAAGCAGACUUUCAAACUAUCAUAAUAGUCCCAAUGGAAAGCUCCUCCUGGUCGAGGAGUUUUCUGAAGAAGGUCUAGAGAAUUUUAUGAAGCCACCUGAUCUAUCAUCAAUGCAGAGAGAUGAAAUUCCAUUGAGGCAUUCAGUAGACGCUCAAGUGCCAUAGUGCUUAUGGUGCUGGGAAUCAAUGUAAUGCCAUGUCAAUUUUUUAUAAACUCCUUUUUGUUGUUCAUCUUUGUACUUUCAUAGCUUCUAGCAUGUGUAAUUUGACGUGUCCUUGUUAUACACUAAUCAGCCUAAGUACCAUCUUCAAUCUUCA